CUGUCAGACCAGGUCCAGACUCUGGGGCUUUCUCAGUGGCCUUGUCAACUCACAGCAGACGUUAACAGCCUUGAACUGAGGAAACUGUGGCCACACAGGAGGCGAGGCUGCUCUGCCCCACAUCGUCCUCCCGCUGCCUGGAGGCUGCUGAGCCUGUGCACUGUGGAACGUCUGGUGGGGCAGAGGGGCUGGCCUGCCUCCUCUGUCCUCUGGUGAUGUUGAGGCCAGCUGUCACCCUCAUAAUCCUGCUGUUCCUUAAGAUGCCCCAGGGCCAAGGAUGCCCAGGUUCAACCAGCGACGUGGUUGGCCUCUCGGGACAGUCUCUCCAGUUACAGCCCAAGAUCACACAGAUGAAGAUAUACUCUGUUGUAUGGAAGAGGCAGCUGUCCUCACCUUCAGCUUAUCAGCACAUACUGAGUUGGGAGAAUGGGUCCAAACCAAAAAAUGAAUCUUUGACUUGGACUAUUUUCAACAAUAAAUUCAGCUUUAGAACCGAGAAUUUAACUCUUCUCAUUAACACAGCUCAGGAGCAGGACAGUGGCUCCUAUUGCCUGGAGGUCACCAAUGAGUCUGGACGUGUUUGGACAGCCAAGUUCCAGGUUUCUGUAUUUGAUCGAGUUGAGAAACCCCACCUGCAGGAGCAGGAGAAGGUCCUGGACAGAGGGAGGUGCCAAGUGUCUCUGUACUGCUUGGUCUCCAGGGAUAGAAAUGUGACCUAUUCUUGGUACAGAGGGAGCAAGUUCAUCCACAAGGCAAGGAACCUCACCUAUCUGAAAGAGGAGAUUGAUAAUAACAUGUACACAUACACCUGCAAUGUGAGCAAUCCUGUCAGCUGGAACAGCCACUCCCUCAACCUCACUGCGAGCUGUCAGAGUGUCCAGCAGGAGUUCAGAUUUUGGCCCCUUUUGGUGACCAUUGUGAUUGUAAUCACACUGCUCCUGGGCAUCCUCACCUGCUUGUGCAUGUGGAAGAGGAAGAGGAAGCAGCCAGAGACAAGCCCUGAGGAGUGUCUGACAAUUUAUGAAGAUGUCAAGGACCUGAAGACUACAAGAAAUCAUAAACAGAAGCCCAAGCAGAACUCUCCUGAGAAAAAGAGCACCAUCUACUCUAUGAUCCAGCCCCAGUCUUCUGUUCCCACAUCACAGGACGUUUCAAAUACGUUAUAUUCAUUCAUACAGCCUUCCAGGAAGUCUGGAUCCAAGAAGAGGAACCAGAACCCGCCCUUUGGUAGCACUGUCUAUGAGGAGGUUGGAAACAGAGAACCCAAAGCCCAGAACCCUGCUCAACUGAGCCACAAAGAGUUGGAGAGCUUUGCCGUUUACUCCUAGCUGCUUUCAGUGCUCCCACCUUGCUGUCACAGCAGCAUCUGCUUUGGGAAUCAGCCUGCGAAUCUUUACAGAACAUGUGCUAGUCUGGAGAGGAUAUGAAAGUUUGUUCAUGGUCUAUACUUUGUUUUGAAAACAGCCAUUAUAAGAGCCAGGCUCUUAACCAAUUUAUAGAUCAGAUGAGAACAGGUAGAUUGGGUCAUUCACAAAAGACUAUUCCAAGUACUUGCAGUCUAUAAGGGCCGUAUUGUUGUUAGAUUCCCUCCUCCUUGCUUUCUAUGUUACUUGUCUCUUCUACGCCCUGAUCUGGGAUGACUGUCUCUCUAGACCCUCUGCUGGCCCAGGCCCAUCUUCCAAAGCAAGAGGAAGGAAAGACAAUGGUGAAGCAGAGGGAGAGGAGAGGCCUCCUCUGUGGGGCGAGGCUGUCUGGCUGUGAGUGGGCAGCCAGGUUCUCCAGGGGACCAGGACCUGGGGUUUACUCACAUGCAGAGCAAAAACCUUCCUCCCAUCCUCACACCUUUGCCGCUGGCUAAUUGGUCACCAAGGGGAGUGGGUGGAAGUGGGAGUAGAUGGCACAAAGCAAGCCCACCUCUGAGCUGAAAACCACCUCAGUACAUGCUGUCCUGAUAAUCUGAUAGUGACACCAGCUUUGUCCACAGUGUGAUGUUUAAUUUAUGAAGUCACAUUAUUAAAAAUCUAUUUUGGCUUCUUCACAGAAGUAGCUUUACCAAGGAAGAGGCAUCUUGGAAACCAUAUUCUACUUCAGCCCUGAGACCUAAGAGUGCUCCCAUUGAAUACCCAGGGUGGGGGCCCAGGCAGCUGAGGGCUGAAGACAAGGCCACUGGGCACUAGACACUGGGUUGUUCUCCCUGGGUCUUCAGGGGAGGCCUGCAACAAGGCUGUGGGAGCAGGGCUGGGACUCAGAGCCCAGGAAAGCGAUGAAGGUAAACUAAGAGCUUACUCAGAGACCCCCUAGAUGACACUGCACUGAGCCUGGCUCUUCAAUUGCCCCACUCUGUAUUUAAUAUAUGAGUUUGAUAUAAACUGUGACAUUACACAGAGGUAGUCUAAACCCAUUGCCUGAACUAAAAUUCAAUACCUACAUUAUACUCUGCCCAAGUGCACAUGUGGGCCACCAUAAACACACAUCUGUUUCUAUUCUGCUGCACAGGGGUCUGCUUUCCUGGUGAGCCACUGGUGUCCCCUCAGCCUUGUUCACACUGGGACAGCAGAGAGCCUUUUGAAGGGUAGCUGAGGUGUGCAUCUGCCUGUCCCAGGCUUGUUAGCUCCACCCUGGAGACUGUGUGCUUGGCCAGGCUGGCUUCCACCUGAAAGGAGUGUGGACAGACCACAUCUUAAAGCAAGUGCCAAGCUUUAAAACCAGGGAAAUAUAUUCAAAAGGAGUCUGAGGCCUUUAGGCAAGUAUUGAGAGCUGAGUCCCAGUGUCAAGAAGUUUGGUGAGCAGAGGCCACAGGAAAUGGAGUCAGAAACAGCCCACGUGAACACCAGAGACACUGACGGAUGGCUGUGGCUGGCCUUUCACCUGUCCUGUGGCAUGUAGAUCUUGAACUGGCUAUAUUUUCUUAAGGAUCAGAAGGGACUCUACAGGCUCAGGAGUUUGGGGGAUGCUCUAUUCUGGGGUGUAAGAUGUAUGAUAUCAUCAUAUUGUGUGUCUGACUGUGGAGCUUCUGUAAUGAUGCCACCCAGUGAUAACUAUCUGUGCAAUGAGCCAGUCAGUGACCAAUGGAGACCACAGAAGCCAUACUGCAGGGGAGCAUGACAGCAGACACACAUCACUGAAGGACAGAGAUGGGCUUCAAGCUUCUUGUAACACAAAUGUACACUAGAGUUUCCCAAACGUGAGCCAAAUGUAGAGCACCUUACAGGCAGGGGACAGGGCUGUGGCUACAGUCUUAAGGAGAUAUUGUGGCUGUUCUGACAAUAAGGAGGGAAGCUCUUUGGGAGCAAUAUGGGAAGCUUAUAUGAAGCAGGCAUUUUAAGCACUGUGAAGAAAAAUUAAAAGAGUAAUACAGUUUUUAAAAGUCUGGCAAUAAAUGAAAAAAUAAAAUAAAAUAAAAAAAUCAAAGUCUGGCUAUACAAAAAA